UUCUUCAUUUCGCUGCAGCUGUGAUGAACCAGGAAGAGGAUGUAGAAACUGAGCGAUAACGGUCCUUUUCAAGCCUUUUUUAAUGUAUAAACCGACUUUUAUGAGUAGAUAACGAGUCGAACAAAGCUGACGAUAUGAUUUUAGCGGCGUAUUUAUCGUUUUUCUCCAUACUUUCGUCGGUCGGAGCAGCUAAGACCGCAGGAGACGAUGACUGGGUCUAUCUCCCCAACAAAUGUGAAGUGUGUAAGUUCGUCAGCAUCGAGAUGAAGUCGGCGUUCGACGAGACGGGGAAGACCAAAGAGGUCAUCGGCAGGAACUACCGCUUCAUCGACAGCAAGGGGGCGCCGCCCAUCAAAUACGUCAAGUCAGACCUCCGAUUCAUCGAGGUGAUAGAAAAUGUGUGUCAGAGGCUGUUGACGUACAAUCUGCACAAAGAGAGAAGUGGAAGUAACCGCUUUGCCAAGGGCAUGUCGGAGACCUUCUCCACGCUCCACGGUUUGGUGAACAAAGGCGUGAACGUGGUGAUGGACAUUCCCUUCGAGCUGUGGAACGAGACUUCGGCGGAAGUGGCCGACCUUAAAAAGCAGUGCGACGUGAUGAUAGAGAAGUACGAGGACGUGAUUGAGGACUGGUACAAAGGAAACCAGGAGGAGGAUCUCACCACCUAUCUGUGUGAGAAGCACGUCCUCAAAGGACAGGACAGAGCCUGCCUGAACGAGGAGUGGUCCCCGAAGAAGAAGGGCGACCAGGCGGCCAUCGCAGAGGACAAGAAGAAGAAAAAGAAGAAGAAGAAGAAGAAGAAAGGAGGCGAGGGCGGCGGCGGCUCGGACGGGGAGAAGACCUCCAAGAAGAAGAAGAACGAGAAGAAGGCCAAGAAGAAGAAGAAGAGUAAAGCUCCGGUGGAGAGAGCCGACGGAGGGGCGUCGGCGGACGAGGAGAUCCAGCCACGGGUGCCUCUGUCUGGGCAGAAGACGGAGCUGUGAC